UAUAUAUAUAAAGAGCGACGCUGAUCGGGACCGAACACACCUCACCACAGGAGCAGACAGAAGUGAGGAGAACUUGACGGGAUUGUGUACACAGCAGAUAUUGAGAGAAAGGAAAAAAAAAACAAAACACUUUUACCUGCUGACACUGAGCUGAAGAGAGAUUUGUUGGACAUUCGCUUUCUCUUUUUUAUCCUGUUUUCAUUUUCGGACAGUUUUGGGGACAUUUGACAGAUACAACCCGAGCUGCUGAUUAUUGUUCAUUAUAACAGAGAUUAAUUCUUUUUUCGAGAAGCAACCGUAAGCUUCCACCUUUUUUUUUUUACGACUUAUGUCAACAAAGAUGGAACAGCCUUUUUAUCAUGACGACUCGUUUCUGUCGGCUUACGGCCACUCAGAUGCAGCCAUGCACGACUACAAGGUGCUAAAGCAGAAUAUGAAUUUGAACUUGACAGAGCCCUAUCGCAACCUGAAGUCUCAGCUGAGGGCCGAGGCGGACCCGUACCAAGGGGGGCAGCCGGACGUCGGGUCCCUGAAGCUCGCCUCCCCGGAGCUGGAGCGGCUCAUCAUCCAGAACAGUAACGGGGUGAUCACCAGUCCCACGCCGGGACAGUAUUUCUACAACCGGGGCAUCACCGACGAGCAGGAGGGCUUCGCGGAGGGUUUCGUGAAGGCGCUGGACGAGCUCCACAAGAUGAACCAGAUGCCCCCUCCGAACGUCUCCAUCGGAGCCGGCGGGGUUACGACGUGUUCGGCGGCGGCCUCUAACGUCUUCGGCUCCGCGCUGCAGCCCGAGGCUCCCAUCUACACGACGCUGAACGCGUACUGUCCGAACGCGAGCGCGCUCUCUUCCGCCUCCAGCUACCCCACCGCCACCAUCAGCUACCUGCCGCCUCACCAGCAGCAGCAGCAGCAGCAGCAGAGCCACACGCACAACUCGGCGCCCGCGGGACACCUCUUCCAGCACGCGCAUCUGGGCUCCGGCAUGCACCCGCAGCGGCUGGUUGCCCUCAAAGAGGAGCCCCAGACCGUGCCGGACCUGCUCAGCAGCGACGGCUCGCCGCCGAUGUCCCCCAUCGACCUGGACACCCAGGAACGCAUCAAGGCGGAACGCAAGAGGCUGCGGAACCGACUCGCCGCCACCAAGUGCAGGCGGCGCAAGCUGGAGCGCAUCGCCCGGCUGGAGGAGAAGGUCAAGGUUCUGAAGAGCGACAACGCCGGGCUGUCCAACACGGCGUCGGUGCUGCGGGACCAGGUGGCCCAGCUCAAACAGAAGGUCCUAACGCACGUGAGCAGCGGCUGUCAGCUGAUGCUCACCAGCAAACUAGAGGCGUUUUAGGGGCCACAAACUCACACACGGACAGCUAAAUGACUGAAAAAGUAAGAAACACUGGAGACACGUUCUGCGACGUGCGGCAGUGGAUGGCGCGGCCAGCUGCACGAAGCCGACUGCAGACCGCUCUGAUCGGAACUGAACGGAAAUGGUACUUUCGGAUGCUGGUCACCGCUCAUAGGACCAUUCAACACUUCAGCAUCCAGGCUGAGAAACACAGCGGACACUGGUCCACAUUAAGUCGGGUUUACUAAUGGUAGAAAAUGGGAAUGACUAUUGUACUACUUUGUAGUUUAUUUGUUUUUUUUGUUUGUUUGUUUUUUGUUGUUGUUGUUUUGUUUUGUUUUUUUGCAAUGCUGCAUUUAUUCUUUGUAAGUUAUUUUUGUUUGCCCGGUUGAUCCAGGCAAACUUUUGCCCAAUGUUUACAUUGUCUUUUUUUAUAAAUAUAUAUUAUUUGUGACGUGUAUUUAAGUAAAUUGUCUUUUGAAAGGAACGAAAACGACUCGAGUGGUCUUUUUUUUUAAUUAUUUUUAUUUAAUUUUUUUGACAUAUUGCUAAAUCAAUGGGAAAAUGAGAGGGAUUUUUUAUUAUUGCACUAUAACCCUAACAGUUACUUGUCUAUCUCUCCCAGUGUGAACUUAUACAACCAGAGUUCUGGUUUCCGUGUUUACGUACAGCACGUAACGUGCCUUUCCGAAUUACGCACGGGCCAUGCCCAAAUAUGGGCAUGUUGGUGUCUAUUUCGUCAUAAGGGAGGAUUUCUGGGAACCCCCGCCCAGGUAACACAAACCGGUUUCACCCGAGUCCUGCCUUGUACCGAAUAGAUAAGAACUCCAGCAGGGUGGCGGAGUUUCCUGCUCAUUGUGCAACAGUUACAGUGAACUGCCACACCAGGGCCGGGCAAAGUGCAGCUUCUUAUCAGGUCUUCUGAAAAAACAAACUGUGAAGAGUUUAGAAAAAUCUAAAGUGCUUAAGAAUAGAUAAACAACCAAUUGAUACGAAGCAAAUUUAGAAAAUAUUCUAAAAGAAAAGUUAAUCUAUGUCUGGUUUAUUUUCAGAAUGAUGUCACCCAAAUGAUUGGCAUCUUUUUUUAGGGGGACAAAGGGGUGGAUUUGAUUGCAUUUCAUUACAUUGGAACCAGUAUAAAUUACAGGUUCGACAGCACUUU